CCUUGUAAGUCUUUGUGUGACGUGAGCAUGUUGCUGUUGACGACUCGAUCACUGGCACUGCCGGCACUGCUGGUGGCGGUGUUGGUUGUUGUUGCCACAGGCAGUGCCCACGCACAACAGCUGUUUCCUCACCACCUCGUUGGGCAAAGCAAUGGCACCGUGGGCAAGACACCGUAUGUCACCACCACCCACAUGGUGGAGAUGCGUGACGGCACAAAGCUGCACACCAUCGUGUUUGAGCCUGUCAAAGACAUUGGCAAGCACAAGGCCGCAGUGCUCAUGCGUACGCCUUACGGCGCCACUGGCUUGAAAGGCCUCGGCGAGAUGUGGGUGGAUCAAGGGUUUGUGGCUGUCAUGCAGGACUUUCGUGGUCGUUACCAGAGCAAGGGCGACUUUAUGUGCUGGUUCAAUGCCACCAGCGAUGGAGCCGACACAAUCCACUGGAUUAAGAAGCAGUCGUGGUCAAACAAGCGCGUCUUCGCACAAGGUGUGAGCGCUAACGGCAUUGCAGCGUAUUUGGAGGAGGCGGAUCCCUCUGUUGUGGAGGUGCUGCUCGGGCAGUAUGUCGUCGUCGCCACCGCAGAGCUCCACCGCACCAUCUUCCAAGGCGGAGCGUAUCGCUACUCGCUCAUCCAUGGCUGGCUCGACGGCAUCAAGGAACUGAGCUUUGAGCACAACUUUGUCGACAACGAGGCCUUCAGCUCCUUCUACGAGCCUGUCUCCAUGACCGACAAGUGGAAGGAUGUCACUGCCCCUGCUGUCCACCUCACGGGCUGGUAUGACAUCUUCAACCACGAGCAACUGCGCGCAUACGAAGGCUAUCAGACGCAGAGCACCAUUGGUCGUGGCCUCAACUUCCUUGUCGUCGUGCCCACAGGCCACUGCCCAGGGGGCGAGGUGCCGUGGCCGAAUGGCGUGAAUGGCAUCGCUGUUGCUGAGGCGCUGGCCGUUGCGCUGUUCAAGACGCUCGCCGCUGCUGCGGACCAAGUCGAACGCGCCAAUGGCGGUGUGUUUGGUGUCGACGGCGUCGCCUGGGCGAAGCUCUCCACAUCGCAGCAGACGGCACUCAUCAACGACGUCCACGCGCGUACAGCUGCUGUCUUGCGUCAGGCAAAUGCGCCUGUUGUGCAGUAUUACGUCAUGGGCCCUGCGGGUGCGAGCAGCGCCCCGGGUAAGGGGGCGGGCCCCUUUGGCAACUACUGGGCAGAGGCGGAUGCGCUGCCCGUCGGCAAGGCGACCAAGUUCUAUCUCAACGGCACGUCCGAGCUGCUCAUCAAAGGCACUCCCGUCGAGGGCGCCAAGGUGAGCUAUGUGUACGACCCGAGCGACCCCGUGCCCACGCUCGGCGGUAACAACCUCCUCCUGCCCCAGUGCGGCCCUUACGACCAGCGCCAGCUGGAGAAGCGGGGCGAUGUUGCCUCGUUCACGUCUGUCGCUCUUGAGUCGCCCGUCAUUGUCAGCGGCGAGAUGACUGCACAGCUCUUCGUCAGCACAAACUGCACUGACACGGACUUUACGGUGAAGGUGCUUGACGUCUACCCCAACGGCACGUCCAUGAUGCUGCAGGAUGGCAUCGUGCGCAUGCGCUGGGCGAACGACACCCGCGCCCCGCACCUCCUCACGCCCGGCAAAGUCUACAUGGCUGAGGUGAGUGUGUGGACGACGGCGUACAUCUUCAACGCAGGCCACCGCAUCCGCGUGGACAUCAGCUCGUCCAACUAUCCGCGCUUCAGCGCAAACCCGAACACAGGCCGCCCGCUCGCCAACAACUCCACUGCCUCCAUCCCUGCAGCCAACACCAUCUACACGGGACCAGCAUACCCAUCUAGGCUCACGCUCCCCGUGCUGCCGAACGACGGCAUGCCAACACCACUGGACAUCGAUGCGGUGCAUGCGCGCAUCAACGACCUGCUGGCGUCCCUUUGAGUUUCUCCAGUGCACAGCUGCCAUCCCAUCCGCUUUCCUCGUUGGCCUUGUGUGCUGGUCUUGUGCGCCGGCCUGUGCUUCCCCCCCCCCUUCCGCGCCAGUGUGGUGUGAUCAUGGUUGUUGGCUUCCACUGUGGUCGUGGUGUGAUUGCUGGGAUCGAGUAUGCACCUCCUCCUGCGCUGUUAAGUUUCCACUUCUUCCUUCAGUCGACAGUCGCUGCUUCGUCAUUGAGUCUUUCUGUUACAUUACAUUAUGUUACUCUCUUUCACCAACGAUGUACGUUGCUUGCGUGCACUCGGUGCUUACUGCAGAGCACUUGCCUCUUGGUUCUUUGUCCGUGUUCUGAUGAAAAGAAAGCAAGCCACCA